AUGGGUUCGAGUUCAUCGAGAAAUGCCGUAGCGAGGGCUACAGAAUUCUCAACAGCGGGUAAAAACCUUCCCCAGUCGAUGUCAAGAGAAGAUAUCUAUUAUCACGAUUUUGAGGAUAAAGCAUAUUUAGUCAAAGACCCAUAUCUAACAAUCAGCGCGAUUCCACUUCCGUCACAAACAAGACAGCUGCCUGUGUUGCCACUAGAGAUAUGGGAAAGGAUAUUCGUACAUGUUAGAAGGAGGAUUGGGCUCAUAAAAGGUAAAGGUAAAUUGAAAAUGGAAGGGGAUUACAAUCAGAUGGAUUUAGUCAAUCUGAUGUUAGUAUGUCGAAGAUUCUACUACAUCGCGGCACCUAUCUUAUACGCGAGAGUUAUAACGAAUAAACCACAUCUACUUUUCUAUGGAUUAGAUCAUAAAUCAAUUUCAUUUCCAGAUCAAUACAAACGAUGGAGUAAAUUAGAUCUACUGCAACUCGUUCAUCGUCUCGAUUUGAUCUACACAUCAAGCGAUGUAACGGAGAAACAAUUACGUUCUCGGUAUUCCAGAAAAGAUAGGGAUAUACUUUACGAUGCUUUUGCGAGAGGUCAAAGUGGAAGACAUGACAAAGAGAUCGAUCGUAUGAUAAUGGAUUUGGAUAGUUCGAUAUCUGCAGUUCGGUUGAUCAACAGAAUUAGAACCAUGAGAGAAUACGUCAUGAAAUCGAAAGAACCUUUGAUCAUGUCAAAUCUUGAUAUAUUAACCAUGUCACAUCCUACUUUGGAUCCAAGCAUAUAUACCGGAGGAGAUGGAUUGAAUUUCUCGUUGGGGAAUAAAGACUGGCCUAGAUACACACUGAUGGAAGAUAAGAAACUUGAUAGAUAUCGUAAUAAAGUCGAUAAAAGAACCAAUCCAUUGGGAAUGAUCUCUGGGGUAAAUCCAAGACUUCAAUUCUCAUAUGAAUUAUCAAGAUUGUCUAAACCAAAAUUCAUUUGUAUGGAUGAUACGACAGGUCCAUAUAGCUAUAGAAGAUUUCAAGGUUCAUACGAUAAAAUCAAAUCAGAUUCACCUGAAAUAAUAACUGUACAUAUAUAUCCCAGAUCAAUCGAAAAAUUCACACUACCUCCCAAAAAGGAUGGAAUGAUUCAUUCCAGAUGA